UGCAUCGGGAAUGAAUUUCAUGAGUAAAGGGACGAUAUUUUCAUUGAGACAGUAACCGUUCAUUUUACAAAGGCUCUACUCAACUACAUCGGCGACAGGAGAAGUGGUUGUUUUGGUGCCAUGCGGGAUUCCAUUUGCCAGCUGCAGCUGAAUCUCCAGCCCUCUGGAUAUGAGCGAUAAUCACCAGCAGAAGUGCGGAUUUGGUGCAUGCCUCGCCAACAUGCGUCAGAAAAAUGGAUCUACGAGUGAGUGCUGUCAAGUAGAGGACCCUGUUAGAAAGAAGCUCUAAAGUUCUGAAAACCUUUUGGACUGUCCUCCUUCAUCCUUACCACUCUCCUUGCCCUGGAUGUCCACCCGUCCCUAAGCCUGCUCCUGGAUAUCUGUUCACUCCACUUCACUCCACCACUGGAAUAGAGGAGACCACACCACUGUGUUUUAUAGCUGUGCCACUCUCAGCUCCUUCUCCAGAGGUUUCAACAAGGCUGCUACGAUGCCAGAGUCCUUACUCCUCCUCCCUGUCAUUGGAGUCUGCCUCCUGCUAGUGUUCAGAGCUGAAGCUGGCCAGAACCCAGACCACGUGCUGCAGGGCACUGGUGUGAAACCUGGAGAGUCCAGGAGGGCGGGAGACGACUCCACCGUGGCUCCAGAGGACGCUGCCCGUUUCCUGAGCUGCUACUGCUCUGGCCACUGCCCAGAGAACGCCAAAAACAACACGUGCGAGACCAAUGGCCAGUGUUUUGCCAUCAUCGAAGAGGACGAACACGGAGAGGCUAUCUUAACCUCCGGCUGCAUGAAAUAUGAGGGCUCACAUUUUCAAUGCAAGGACUCACCCAGAGCACAGACGAGAAGGACCAUUGAAUGCUGCCAGUUUGACUUCUGUAACCGGGAUCUGAGGCCCACAUUGCCACCCAUCAUUGACUCAGGAUCGUAUUUUGACAGCCCCCAUUGGUUGGCCUUUCUCAUAUCAAUGACUGUUUGCUGUUGUACCCUCAUCUGCAUCACUGUUAUCUGUUACUACAGGUAUAAAUGGCAAACGGAGAGACAGCGCUACCACAGAGACUUGGAACAAGAUGAGGCCUUCAUCCCUGCGGGAGAAUCCCUCAAAGACCUCAUCAACCAGUCCCAAACCUCAGGCAGUGGCUCUGGGCUCCCCCUGCUGGUACAGCGCACCAUUGCCAAGCAGAUUCAGACGGUGCGUCUGAUUGGUAAAGGGCGUUACGGAGAGGUGUGGCUUGGCCGGUGGAGGGGUGAGAAGGUGGCCGUUAAAGUGUUCUUCACCCGCGAGGAGGCGAGCUGGUUCAGAGAGACAGAGAUCUACCAGACUGUCCUCAUGAGACAUGAGAACAUACUUGGUUUCAUCGCAGCUGACAUCAACGGCACGGGCACAUCCACCCAGUUGUAUCUGAUCACGGAUUACCAUGAGAACGGUUCUCUGUACGACUACCUGAAGUUCACCACGCUGGACACCGCGGCCCUGCUGCGGCUGGCCUACUCCGCCGCCUGCGGCCUGUGCCACCUGCACACUGAGAUCUACGGCACGCAGGGCAAACCCGCCAUCGCCCACCGCGACCUCAAGAGUAAGAACAUCCUCAUCAAGAAGAACGGCACCUGCUGCAUCGCAGACCUUGGCCUGGCCGUCAAGUUCAACAGUGACACUAAUGAGGUUGAUAUUCCCCUGAGCACUCGUGUGGGAACUCGGCGGUACAUGGCUCCAGAGGUCCUGGAUGAAACGCUGAAUAAGAGUCACUUCCAGGCCUACGUCACGGCUGACAUCUACAGCUACGGUUUAGUCAUAUGGGAAAUGGCCAGACGCUGUGUCACUGGAGGUAUAGCUGAGGAGUAUCAGUUGCCAUACUAUGACAUGGUGCCGUCAGACCCAUCAUAUGAAGACAUGCUGGAGGUGGUGUGCGUCAAAGGCCUGAGGCCAACUGUGUCCAACAGAUGGAACAGUGACGAGUGCCUGAGGGCUAUGUUAAAGCUGAUGUCUGAGUGCUGGGCCCAUAAUCCAGCCUCGCGGCUCACCAUACUCCGGGUGAAGAAGACGCUAGCCAAAAUGGUGGAAUCUCAGGACAUUAAAAUUUGAGGCCCCUCUCACUUACGAGAGCUGUUCUAUGGUCACAAUGCGGCCUCAGCAGGACAGCGAUUGGAGGACAGAAAGACGUGGGCGGGCCUUGGGCCUCAUGGUUUCACGCUGGGCUGUCAUGAAAGGACACUGAGAGCUGCCUCAGGUGUGUUCUUAUAAUAGCACAUUGCAGAAAGCUGUUCCUCCUCCUUGAUCUGUCUUAUCUUGCGGGUAAGACAGGGCUUAUAAAUGCUUUCUGUGAAAGCUAUACUCUUGUAGAUUUGAUAAGAGGACGACGGCGCCUUAUUUAAACAGCAGAAGACAGAAUUUUCCGGAGCACCUCCUGAUUCACCGAUAACUGAUAAACAAGCUACUGCCAUGGCGAAAUUCACUAUCUGCCAGUUUUCUUUGCGUGACCUGUGUGUAUCUUCACCAUUUAUUCAAUUUUUUUUUCUCUCUCUCUUUUUUUCUGUGAGAAAAGCCCUCUUCCUGCCAUACAAGAAAACCUUUUAAAGCAAGG